AUGAACCUGCUUGCGACUAUGUACCACUUCACAUGCCUAUACCUCCGGUCAUCAACUAGCAAAGGCUCGCAGUCAGACCGCUCAGAGGAGCAAAAACAUCACACACAAACGGGCCAGACUCGUAUUGAGUUCGACACGAUCGAGGCCUUGCUGGAUCACGUCACGCUUAACUGGAUGGACCACUUUGUCACCUGCGACGUCAACUCUGUCGAGGGUAUCGCCAUCUUGCGCAAGCGCCCUUUCUUCCUCCUGCUCUCUGUCGAAAGCCCCAUGAUGACACGCUUCCGCCGAUCCGUUGCCAG